AUGGAAAAACAUCCUUCAGCAUACUUGCUCUUCCUUGCCUUCUUGGUUCUUACCACAGCCAAAUCCUCAUCAGCCUCGUCUGUAAAUUUGGCUAGCGGAACUAACGUUGUGACUGCUGGCUUCGUUACUUGCCUGGUCAGAAGGAUUCCGCCUCCCUCUGGCCCACCUGUGGCUGGCACUAAUGUCAGCUUGUCCUGCGAUGGAGCCAGGACCAGUCUUGGGCAAGCCGUCACCAACGCCAGCGGUUUUUACAAAAUCAGUCUUAACGUGUCUCCGGGCCUUCUCUUUAACACAACAGGUUGUACCAUCUUUGUUAGCCUCCUUCUUGCCAACUGCACUUCUCUCCCUGCCUCUGGAGUAGUUAGAGCCCAGCUUCUGUCAGGACCCGUCUAA